CUGCUGCGCUGACCCGCUGCUCAGAGCGCGGAGCGGCGGAGUGAGGCGGACUGUGUACGGUUCAGACAGCAGCAGCAGCAGCAGAGGUGCGCUUCUCCUCCUGCAGCCGUGCAUGCCCCGGAGCAACCAGGAUACUGCCUUUUUCUCUCCAUCUUCUGUAUUAUCCUCUGAGGCGUAUAUGUCGGGUGCUUUUCCCUGAUGAUCCCCAGCACUGAGCGGACGGAGACAUGUGGAAUAAACUGGUGGAAGCGCAUCGCUUCUUAAUACUUUGUCUUCUGCUGACUGUGUACGCCGAGGUGUGUCAGUCCUCGGGUUUCUUCGAGGUACAGCUCAUCUCGGUGGAAAACCCCAGCGGUCGGCUCCUGAGCGGCGACUGCUGUGACUCGGAGGGCGGCGAGGCGGACGGGAGCUGCGGCCCGGACGAGUGCGACACCUAUUUCAGGGUGUGCCUAAAGGAAUACCAGCUGGAAGUGAAGACUGGUGGAUCAUGCACCUAUGGGUUAGAAAUCACCAAAGUGAUCGGUGGAAAUACUUUCCAGUUCAGAGGAGCCCAGAAAGGCGGGCACGACACGGGGAAGAUUGUCAUUCCAUUUCAGUUCUCAUGGCCGCAAGAUUACACUCUCAUAGUGGAAGCUUGGGAUAAGGACAACGACACACACAGCAGUGGUGAUGAGCUGCUGAUUGAGCGAAGCAUCUACAAAGGGAAGAUCAACCCUGGUGAGGAGAAGCAGACAGUGGAAUACAGAAGUCAUAUAGCCACUAUUAAAUACACUAUCCGUCUGCGCUGCGAUGAACACUACUAUGGCAUCAGAUGCAACAUCGUGUGUCGCCCCCGCAACGACUAUUUUGGACAUUAUGUGUGCGACCAGUUUGGGAAGAGACAUUGCAUGGAGGGCUGGAAGGGAGAAGACUGCAAAACAGCCAUCUGCAAGCAGGGAUGUAGCCCCACACAUGGGACCUGCGACAUCCCAGGGACAUGCAAGUAAGUAAGCUCUAUAAUGACACACCUCCAACUUCAUCAGCUCUGCUCUAGGGUGGCCAUCUGUCCCAUAAUAGCCGGCACGUCCCGUGUUUUGAAUAAAUUG